AUGACUAGUAACACAGUCCUUAUCGGAGCUGCAGUGUGCUCCUCGCUUGCCGUCGGCUACCUUCUUGGUAAACUCCACGGCUCGUGCCGAUAUGCAGACGACUAUAUUGAAAGGCCUGGUAGAGAGUAUAAGAAGACUGCUGGAUUGAAAACGUUUCUCGAAUAUGUCGCCAAAUACUCCUCUGCAAAGCAUCAUACAGUCACUGAACUGAGGAGGGUGAGUAUUGAACUUUCUAAAGAGAAUAUAAACUGCCUUUCUCAAGAGAAAAUAACGUUAAAGUGCUUAUGACACGAAAUUUUUUGCGUAUUUUCUGGUUGAUAGCGAUAUUUUAAAUUAGAAAUAAUCGACCUUGGCGCCUGGCGAGUUCUUCUUGCUUAGGGUUAGGGUUUAGGGUUAGGGUUAGGGUUAGGGUUAGGGUUUAAGUUUUUUUUUGUUUUUUUGUUUUUUUUUUGGUGCAUUGAAAGUACGAUUUGGCGGCCAGAAAGUAACCCCAUUAAGCGCGCAGCCAAAACGAUCAUAUUACAUAGCUGUAACGUUGAAAACUGUUAAGACACGUCGGCAACUAUAGUGGAGAGAGGAGAAAUCCAGAGGAAAAGACGAACCUAUUUCCUGGCUGGAGUGCCAAAUGGUGUUAGCUACAAGAAUAAUACACAUAUACCGAGUAUUUCUUUACGCUACUUUCCAAAGGAUGUAGUUGCGUGGUUAAAAUGGACGCGUUUCGAUCGUUGUCAUCAAGGAGAUUUUACUCUUCAAUAUCAUUGGCCUUAUGCUCUGUACCGGCUUCGAAGAUUGGUUAUCUUCAGGGGAAGAUAACCAAUGAAUUCAGCUAAGAAGAAUAUCGAUUAAGGGGCGUGUUCCCAUUCCGAACACGAUUGUUCGACAUUCUUUUCGGCUGGCAUUUCGCAAGCGAAGAAAGGUGAUCUCCUUAUUGUUAUUUAUUCCACGCGCUAGAGAUGUACUUAUAUUCCUUGUCUUUCCGCAUGACUACAUUUGCGCUUUUCUUAUCGUAUGAAAAUCAAACCAACUGUAGUUUCCAUCGUAUUUUAAUGAUAGAACUACAUCAUUUGUAAUAAAGUUCAAACCCUUUCUUGAGCUGAUCGAUAUCCUGUAGCGUGAACAGUGCGUAACCUCUGGCGGAUAUUGGCAUAAACCCAAGCUCGAAACGGCCGUAUAUUCUCCUAACCUAGAUUCCCGAAAAUCCAUCCCACGAGCUAUCAAUUCUCCCCGCUCUUAAGAAGCUAAAAGUAGCAACAGUAGCAAUGUCAUUGUGAUAACAGCACUGCAACGAGAUAAAUAAAGAAACACAAGUUUUAUUGAAUUAGAUGGUGGCGAAUCCAAGUGCUGUGUGAAAAUCGAUUCAUACGAAAUAUUCGUUCACCCAUUGGGCGAAAUGGGUCAUAUGGCGAUGAGGUUAACUUGAAUCAGAUUACUCUAAAGAAAUUUUUCUUCUCUCUUGAGUAUGAUGUAUCACAACUCUCGGUAGAGCUUGCUGAAGGUAGGUCUACAUCGUUAUCGGUCAUAAUUUCAUGAGUAUUUCAACGCGUACAUUUGAUUUGUAGUUUUUACUUGUAGUUAUAGUGAAUUUAAUGCUUAGGAUUUUAAUUUUUACGGUAUUUAGAGUAUUGUAAAGCGCCGUGGACAAUAAAUGGAAGAUGGCGCUAUGUAAAUGUAUUUAAUUAAUUAAUUAAUUAAUUGAAUAAGCUCUUGAAUGGUAUGCAAAUUCUCCUCGUCAGCGCCUUAAGAAAUGUAUAGAGAACAGUGUGGAGAAUAUGCCUCCUGAUAUUAGGGAGUAAAUGGUUAAAAGAUCUCAAGAAUUUUGCGGGAAGUUCGAUCGAAUUUCAAACCUUCAAAACUGAAGUAAAACCGAUUUUCAACAUAAUGCGUGGAGGCAACUCUAAGUUACUCAUAAAAAGUGAAUUAUCUUCCGGUUUCAAUUUUGUGACCUCACGAUUUACUUAGAAUUUUAUUGACCAAGAACAGAUUCCGCCUUCUGUGCAAAAGCAAGGUUACAUGCUCAAAAUUGGCCUGAUUCUGCUCAAAUCAAACACGACUCGAGGUGACCAAUAAUAAAUGUUACAUUCGGCAUAAUUCACGUUCACAUGUCCAGCGAUUUGCCACUCCACAAACCAUUAUUUGUUUGUCUUAAGGUAAUUUGCGAGAAGCUGGAGGAAUUUUCACCUAAGGCGACAGAGGCCGACCAAACAAGCUUCAUAACUCAGUUGGCAAAAGCGAUCGGAGCAAGAAAGGUUCUCGAAGUGGGUAUGUUGCAUUUAAAAUUGAAAUAAACAAAAAAAUAUCACUUUAAAUUAUCCUCAAAGCUGAAGAAAGUUUUAAUUUAAAAAGAAGUACAGGUUAAAGGGUUGCUUCUACAUUAUGUGAGAGCAAACCUUAACUCUGAAUCCUUGCUGCAAAUUUUUGACAAUUCACUGAUUUCUUGUGGACGAAAUUUGUUUUCAUCUUUCAUUUCUUCGGAGCUGCAGCACUUUUAAUGUCUUUCUAAAAUUUGUCUGAUUUCCACUUCGAAACGAUGAAAUGCACGCUGUUCGUGACAUCAAUGGAAUGAAAGAAAAAUGAAAGAGCGGAUAAAAUCCGAGAGUAACAGAACAUUUUAUUAGAGAUCCUAUAAAUAGAUAAUUGAAGACAAGAAUGAGACUGGCGUCACCAGCUCACUUUUGUCCUCUCCAAGUGUGUUGAUAAAGUAAAAGCAGCCAUUGAUAUAAGCUGUGGAAUCACAUUUUUGAGUAAUAUAGGAGAGCUAUUUAAUUUAGUCUAGCUUGUCCCAGUUAGUAGAACGAAGUGCGGCAGUGAACGACACUAUAGUAGCGGGUUAGGAAAAAAAACGAGGGAGGAAUGGGUGGAACCAAAUUAUAAUCUCUUUGCCCAGGUCUACUAGCGCUACUAUCGUACCGUUUACUUUUCGCUCCGUUUGCGUGAACAGACUAACAUAACUCAAGCCAGUGCUUAGGAAUAGUGGACUGUAUCAUUUUCACACGCAGGGACGUUCGCUGGCACAACUUCACUUAGUAUUGCGCUUGUUUUACCCGAAGACGGUCAAAUGGUAACAAUAGAUUUCAAGGAGGACUGGGUCUCCACAGACGCCCAAUCUGGGAAAAGGCAAGAUCGUCUGCUUGGUUUUAUUUUGUUUUGUUUUGUUUUUUUCAUACUAUAUAAAAGUACUGGCGAUUCUCUCUACAGUGUCAAAAGUGUUUGUUUUAAUUUAAAUUACAAAUAAUCUCAACCAAAAUUCUUACUGAAAUUGAUUAUAUUGGAACCGUCUGGACCAUAUAGUUUUACCUUUGUUUUUAGAUCAAUAUUAAGAGACCAACUUUUGUGUGUAAUGCUAGCGCAAUGUUUUUACGCAAAAGUCUGAGGGAAAUAGCUUUCCGUGCAUAUUAAAUAGUCGUAUCAAGAUCUAAGUAACGAAUGUGAUAAAUUUUUUAUAGAAAAUACGCAAUAUAAAUAUUAAAUAAUAUUAUUAUUUUUAUAAAUAGGAUGUUUGUUAUCGCGCACUCACUGUGGGUAUUCAAAAGGAGACAGCAUGCAAAUAAUGUUAGCGAUAGUAAUAAGCCAAUAAGAUUCGAGGAUUUUGUCAUUAUUAUGUCGGUUCAUUUGAUUAAAUAAUAUUUCACUGCCAUUUUACAGGCUGGGGUAAGCCACAAAAUUAGGUCCAUAAUAAAGGACGCAGCCCAGGCUCUCGGUAAGUUACAAACUACGUCAAUAGUGUAAGUGACGCAUUGAGGAUGGUUGUAUUAGCUAGCUUUAAAAAGUCAUCAUUUAAAUCGCAAGCCACAUACUAUCGGGGAUGGAGAGUAGGAAUGGCGCAGAGCGGGGAAGUGAGGAUGGCGCAGUGGUGAUGGCACUCACCUGUUAUCUCGGUGGCUCGGGUAACAUUCCUGCACCGAGUGUUACAAGUGGGUCGAGUGUUAUUGUUGGCUCUCGUCCUUGCUCCGAGGGUUUCCUCUCCAGGUCCUCCUUUUUUGCACUCUAAGUUCCAUAUCGACUAUGAUUCAGUGGACAAGAAGAGCCACCUCGUAGAAUGUUCACAGCUAAAUUCCCAUUAUUACUAUUAUUAUCAUUAUUAUUAUUCUUAUUAUUAUUACUAAUCAUGUAAUAAAUAAAUCCAAGCUUAUAAAGUCAGAGUGUUAGACAGUGAGGGAAGGUUAAACAUUCGCCUCAAAUCGACUUUCUCUUUUUCACUUUUUCUUUCGUCUAUACUUUUCCUUCUAUUGCUUUUCUUUUUAGAUGAAUUGA